CAAUACCCGAUGCUUCUGCUCACUUGGCCAACUUCGACUCUACCUUCCCGAUGCCUAAAACGACAAAAUGCUGCGCCAGAACCUGUUGGAUCAGCUUAAGCACUUCAUAGAGACGGUGAGCAAUGGCCAAAGUUGUCCCCAGCUGCUGACCAACCCCAAUCUCAUCAAGCUCGCGCUGGGUUUCCUGGAGGAGCUGCCCGCCACGCGGGACAUAGUGUUUGAGUAUUUUGGCCUGCUGGCCGAGAUUAGUGUACAGCUGUAUGUGUCGCCGGAGAUGGCGGACGCUAAGACCGGAAUGCCGGUGUCUCAGGUGAAGCAGGCCGGGAAUCGGCAGCAGCAGCUGCGUGCCCCGGAAUACGAGAGCUUUAAUUUGGUCAAGACGGCGUUACAAAGUCUAGUGUGGAAAGGCCCACCUGCGUGGUCGCCUCUCAUCGCCAACUGGAGUUUGGAGCUGGUGGCCAAGCUAUCUGAUAAGUAUACCCAGCGACGGAUGACCAUUACGGCUAGUUGUAACUAUUGGCUGGAAUGCAGUGCUAUGCACGGCCUGAUGACUCUCAUAAAUAGUUGCUUCCGGAAGUUAACCCAACCGGAAGAGGAAGCCUGUGUGGAGAUCAUGCUGAACGCCUUCCACCGAUUCCCCAUGACCUUCGACUGGAUUGUCGCUAGGUUGGGCGGCUGCUUUCCAUACAAGAUCAUCAUGCAGAUCCUGCAGUGCGGCAUUAAGCGGUUCGUCGAUGACUAUCGCUGUCAUCUUGACUCAGAGGCGGGAAUCCUCGACUAUAUGACCUCGUGCCAUGAACAACAUCUGAGAGCCGCCUUCCGUGAGAUGCUCAGGGAGGGGUUUGCUCCAAAAAAUCAGCUGGACGUGGCUGUGGUUCCUUUUCUGCUCAUCACCACCAACUACUCGGAUACGAUCCUGCAGAGCCUGGUCAAUGUGCUGGUGGAAAUCUAUUCCGAGGACAUGUGCGAGGUAAUUGUGCAGAAGUCGCCGCUUUGGUUGAGCAACAAGAUGUUUGCUGGGAUGCAGCCCACGCUAAACAACGCCGUUCUGCGGUUAAAUGAACACGGUGCCACAUUGCUACUUACGGCUGCCAAGAUGGCCGAGAAGUAUGUUUGGUGCCAGGACUUCUUGGAUAAUUCUAUGCAGGAGCUGGAACAGUGGGUGCUUAACCAAAGGAACUUCCCGCUGCUAGCAGAUUUAGCCUUUCAGGAAACAAAGUAUACGCUGUGGAAAAGCUGUCUCAGCACCAAUCUGUUCGAGCAGCAAACGGCAGUGCGAUUGUUAUUAGUUGUCUCUUCUCAGCACCCACACAUUUACUACCAGACCAUAUCCGAGCUUUUGAAAAAGUCGUAUGCUCAGAAUCCCAAUGGCAUUGGCGCCCUCAUCCGUCUGCUGGGCGGCCAAAAUGGAAUGGUAAACUUUCCCGGAUUCACACCAGGUUUCAAAAUGGUUUUGGAAGACAUAACGCUGAAUGUUCAGGUUAACAAUCGGUUGCCAGUGCCACCGGGCACGCCCACAGAAGCCUUCAACACUUUUUCCAACCUCAAUAUACUGGCCAGGAUGCACAAGAGCAAAAAUGUUUCUCCCUAUAUCAAAGCGCAACAAUUAAACCAAGCACUCAACGAAUGCCUGCCCAAAAUCAUUCAAAUCUUUGAUUGCACCGUCAACAAGUUGGUACUCAAGAUGGACAGGGAUGCAGCAGAGCGGAGUGCGGAGAAAUUUAGGAUGCAGCAGUGUAAUAAUAACAACAAUAACGACAUGUGCAAUGGCAAGGAUUACGGAAAACGGACAAAGUUGGAGACGGAAGAAGACAAGGUGGAUGAAGAGGACGUCACCCGUAUGCGUUUAGCUCACCUAAUUGUGGAUCUGCUGAACAAUAUAGAAGCUGGCAGUCGCACCAAUAUCUUGCGAACUCCACUGGUUUUGAAGUUGGCCACGCUUAGCGUAAAGUAUUUUUUUGUGGGUUUAACCGAGCAGACUAUGAUUCGUCGAGCGGCAGCAUCGCAUCGGUCAUACGCCCUGUUGCAGAGACAGUGUUCCGCUCGUAAAAUUGCGAGAACCGUGUGUCUGCGGGAGCUAGUGGAAGGUGCCCUCUUUUAUCAUGGACAUCUACUCGGCCAGCUAGAAGAAUAUGAACUUGAUGAGCUGAAAAUUCCUGAGCACGAACUACUCAUCCUGCAGAACCUUCACACCAAUUCUGGUGUCAACUCAAAUCGAUCUGUGCUGCAUUCCGGGAUUAUUGGUCGGGGUCUGCGACCUGUACUGCCCACCAACGAUAGAAACUGCGAUGCGGAAAAGCAGGCACUGUAUCUUAAGGCAUUGAAUGCCUGCUGCGCUGAUCUAGAGAAGCCAAAUAAUGUGGAAGGCUAUUCGUUGGUAUCUCUGCUGCUGGUUGAACUGGUAUCCACGGAUGUCAUGUACAACGGCCUGCCCUUUCCUGAUGAAGAGUUCACCAGGGUGACAAUGGAGAGGGACAUGCAGAUUAGAAGGGCGUUUAUUACCUCCCCAGUGCUCUGGGCAGUUUUGGGACUGAUCGCCGGUCAUAGACCGGCCCUUUGUUAUUCCUCCGUGUUACUGCGGGCGCUCUGCGCCACCUGUUUGCAUCACUGGCGGGGAAAGAAUGUCAAUAGAUUCCAGCCCACGGCUGCCAAUGACGAGCUGAUGCUCUGCACCAAGAAAAUGCUGCAACUGCUGGCUAUGAGCCAACUGAUUCCGCCACCACUUACCAAUCUACAUCUUAUUAUCGAGCACUUCGAGUCAGCAGAGAUCGCACUUCUGCUGCGAGAGUGCAUAUGGAACUACCUUAAAGAUCACGUGCCCUCCCCGGCGCUAUUCCACGUGGACAACAACGGGCUGCACUGGCGCAACACGAAUACACCGAUGGCUAAGGUGGCACCACAGUAUGUGGACACGUUGCGCCAUUUGAUGCAGCGUAAGCUGUCUACAUUGGGGCCGCACUACCAUCAAAUGUUCAUCAUGGGCGAACUGAUGGAGGAGAGCUCCGAGCCAGAUCCAACGGCCCGAUUGCAGAUCGUAGAACUAGAUUAAGCAUCCGUAGUUAGCUAGCCUAAUGUUGUGUGAGCAUGAGCGUGUGGAUGGAAUGGAGAGUCUGAAAUGUUAAGUGUGUGGAAUGUGCGAACUAAAUGCAGUGUUUGUAUUUUGAUCUUCAA